CACCUGCCCCCCACCCUCCCCUCUGCGCCGGUGUAUAAGACCAACCCAUAUUUCAACAUGUAACACAACCUUUUAAAAAUGUAUUGUUGUUGAUGCGGGCCUACUUUUUUCGAAGGUUUCUCUUAAAAAGAACAAUGGGAUGUCAGAAAAAGACCUUGACACUAGAAUACCGAGUUCUGUGGGCUAAUAACCGGUGAAGGUCUUCAAGCGAAACAGUGGCGCGAUUCCUAAACCAAUAAACGACCAAAGAAAAAAAAAACAACCCAGAAGUAUUGACUUAAAAAAAAAAAAAAAAUCUUAAUAAGGCUAGUGACUGUGAGUUUUAAAACAAGCGAGUGAAACAUGGAUAGCCGAUACAAGAGAGCGAAGUUGCCCGUCUUCGUAAUUACCCUACAAGUUGGUUUUAUUCUCAUAUUUGCGUUCUUAUCUGAAUAUGACGAUUCCGCCAAACCAUUCUGGAAAGGGAAACCCGAAGAUUCCCCGAUUCGACAGUACUAUCCAAGUAUGAACCGAUCGCGCAUCAUGUUCCGCCCCUGGAUGCGUGGUUCAUUGAAAGUAUUUUGUUUUCCAGUGUUUCAAGAUGUCCACGUGAUGAUAUUUGUCGGGUUUGGCUUCCUUAUGACCUAUUUAAAGAGGUACGGGUUCGGCGCCGUGGGAUUCAACAUGCUGGUCGCCGCCUUCUGUAUCCAGUGGGCCACCAUCGUUCGUGGAUUGCUGCACGCCAAAGUUACAGAAGGGGAGAAAUUUAAAGUCACGCUAUCCGAGAUGAUGUCUGCUGAUUUCGCCGCCGCCGCUGUCCUGAUCUCGCUCGGCGCUAUGCUCGGCAAGACGAAUCCCAUAAAGCUGAAAUUUAAGGUGUUAUUAAGCAAACAGACAUUCAUUUCCUUUAAUUCCCAGGCUUCUGACAUCGGAGAGUCUAUGUACGUCCAUGUUUUUGGCGCGUACUUUGGUCUGGCCGUGACGCGAUUUCUCUACCUCCAUGACAUCGACCGGUCCAAGAAAGAGACGACGGUUUACCACUCGGAACUCUUCUCCAUGGUCGGUACGCUGUUUCUCUGGAUGUACUGGCCGAGUUUUAACAGCGGGGCGGCGGAAAAUGACGAACAGCACCGAGCGGUUCUCAACACGUACUUCUCAUUGGUCGCCAGCGUGAUCGUUUCCUUCGCUAUUUCCAGCAGCGUUCAUCGACACGGACACAUUGAAAUGGAUCACAUCCAGAAUGCCACGCUGGCAGGGGGCGUUGCUGUUGGGACAUGCGCAAACAUGCCCCUGGAACCUUGGGGAGCUUUGACCAUCGGCGCAAUCGCUGGGAUAAUAUCCACGCUAGGGUUCAAGUAUCUCUCACAUUACAUCGAACGGAAGUCAAAGGUGCACGACACGUGCGGGGUUAACAACUUGCACGGCAUGCCGGGAUUGCUGGCUGGGAUCUCUGGGGCGAUAAUGGCGGCCCUGGCGACGGAAGAGAAAUACGGGCCGAGUCUGUAUGAAAUAUUCCCUGCCAUGGAGAAACCCGUAAACACUACCAACUCCUCAGAGCCGGCACUCAAGUCUGACACGGCGCUAGGGCGGUCAGCGGCGGUUCAAGGCGGGUACCACCAGAUGCUGGCACUGGUGGUUACACUGUGCAUAGCCCUCAUAGGCGGAAUGCUAACAGGAUUCCUGAUGAGGCUUCCGAUUUUGGACAGACCGAGGGGAGACGACCUCUUUGAUGACGCUGGAUUCUGGCACAUUCCCGAAGGGUUUCCGGACGCCGAACCCAUAGUGACUGUUAAAAAGAGUCCGGACGUAGAAAUGGACUCCGGCCCAAGCGUUAAAAUCACGUGUGUUCCGGAAGUUACGUGCUUCUAA